AUGGAAGAUUUGAAGAAGCACCUGGGCCCUCCCUCCCCUGUUGACAAAACAUACACCAGCAUAGUUAAUCUUUUGCUGGCAUCAGUUCAUUCUGGUAAAGCUAAUUCCACCCUGAACCUGGCUCCAUUUAAUGCCACCCUGAAACUGGCUCCACAUAACCUUGUUAAAGAAUCCAGGAAUCUACUGCUGGGGGACAAUGUUGAAUCUAUUGGCGUUGGAAUUGAUCCCAGUGAUUCCCCUGCUGAAGAGCCUAAAUUUGAUGAUACAAAAAAUAAAGCUGCUGGAUCACUUACCAGUAUGCUGUUCUGGAGCCAAGACCAAGUAACAUUCCUAUCUGAUGAUCACUCUAGAACUGUAGUGUGUGGUCAGUUUGGAAGUGGGAAAACUCUACUGUCUGUAGGGAAAAUGAGAAGAUACUUAAGAGAGAAGAAGGUGUCUGUUGAGAAACCAAGGGCACUUUUCAUAUCAUGCCUGAACCCUAGUUUGGUGAACAGUUACGAUGAAUCGAACAGGUUCAUCACACCCAUUUUUGAUACAUCAAUUAAAGUUGCUCUUGAUGAGAUGGCCCAGAAUGGGGAUUAUGAGAUUCUUUUUGAGAACGCUGAAUCUGUUUGUGAGAAGAUGAAUGUUGAUCUCUCAAGAAUUAACUUCUGUUCCAAGCUUCCAGAGUUUUUAAAAGAGAUGGGGAAAAAAUCUGGAAUCAUAGUGAUUGAUGAAUACGGAGAUGGAGUUCCUGUUAAACAAGAAUGGAAAGAUGGUAAAUGGUGUCAAUAUUUGAAUCCGGAGAACCAACGUUUAUUAAACCUGGAUUAUCUCUCUGCUAUACCAUUGGAUUCUGUAGUUACAGUAUCAAUUCAUCCCGAUCUAUUUGACGUGUUCACUUACAGUUACAGGCUUAUUGACGGAUUGUUCCAGGAGAGUUCAUUUCAAGUUUGUUCUUUAAACAAACUGUACAGAAACUGUGAGAAGAUUGUGAACUACUAUAAAGAUUUGGGAUUCACUGAUCUUGACUCAUGUAUACCGGUCACAGUAGAGGGUAUUCCUCCUAUUCUUAUACCAGGACAAUUUGAUCAGUAUAUUGUAUAUCAGACAGCUCUGUAGAAGAUAACUAACAACAAGUUUGUUUGUGUUUAUCAAGAGAAAUUCAAGCGUGAGAUUUUUCUUCAGGAAUUAAGUAAGAAAAAUGUUGAUUUGUAUGACAUUAAAAAACUGAACGAAUUUCUUGCUGCUGCGCGAGGUUGUUUGUUAGUUCGGUAUGCACACAUUAGAGGCACAGAAUCAACCUCAGUUCUCUACUUUGCUGAUGGUAUGAACAGUGCUAGUUUUGUUUCCCUUAGAGCUAGUGUUGAGCUGGUUGUCUGCGUACCAGA